AUGAGCUCCUCCGAAGCUUCAUCCUCACAGGGCUCGCCGUCUCCGCAGACAUCACCCGUUGCGAGUCUUCACGAAGCGCAGGCGAGAGCUCCGAACCUAGGACAGCUCGUUGGCUAUUUCGUGGCGGCGAAACGCUCACUGGAGGCAUCCGGCCAUGUUUAUCGUGCCACCGAACUCGUCAACAGCUCGCGUACGCUUAUCGAGGACAUCGCUGUGCUAAACGCAAAGAAUUCGUAUGCUUCACGAGCGCUUGACGAGCAGCUAAAUACCUUGCGCGCCAUCGAGGAUGUCGUUGUCGAGGAGGCUGACCGAGUCUCAAACGAGUUCAAUGCUACGCUUGCCAGCUUAGAUGAUGCUGACCGCCGCCUCCAGCAGACGUUGGAUGCCCUUCGCCAGACCGUAGUGGAUGUGAAGUUAUCUCAAAGACAGCAAACUCGGCUCAAAUCACUUUUGGACUUCAUAGACGAAACUACACAUGGACAACUGCGUACCUCUCUAUAUGCUUUGAUUGACGCGUACCACCACGCUCGCAAUGAGGUGGAACAGAGCCUGGUGUCUUAUGGAGAGUCAGUAAAGCGACUGAACGCUCUCCUCGCCGAUCCACCUCAGCUUCCAGAUAAGCCUACCAUUUACGAUGAGCCGCCUCCCACAAUUCCACAAUUAUUUCGUAAUCUUGAAUCCCACGCUUCGGAGAUUGCCUCACUGUUGUACAACCUCGUCAGUCAUUAUGACCUUUGCGUGACGGCGCUGAAGCAUACAGAGGGCGGCGGCGAAGCGGCCAGACUUGCUGUACAAGCGGCUGACGGGCUUGCAAAAGACGAAGCCACCGCAGGUAGAACGGAGGAAAGUCUCUAUAGCAAGACUACACCUGAACCGAUCUCCCUCGAGGAGAGGUUGGAAAUGCUCGUGGUUUUGGAGAAUGACGCCUUGGAAGUUGCGGACGUCACACAGGAGAUAAAAGACCUCGCAUCUGCCAUGGAAUCUCAAUAUUCGCAGCUGACUAGGCAUGCUCAGCAAGCUCGCACACGGCACGAUGUUCUUCGUCAUCUGCUCUCUCGGUUGCACCUCUUUCAUGUCGAAGUGCUUCCGGUACAUGUCCAGCUCAACCGCGUAUUUAUCUCGCAGACUUGGUCAGAGCUGCACGCCAAUCUGCAGAGCAAAACAUCAGAGCUGGUCGACCUUUGUACUUUUUACGAGUCCUUCCUGUCCGGAUAUGCCGCCCUGUUGGAGGAAGUCCGUCGACGAGCGACCAGCGAAGCUCAGAUGCGGCAGACUGCAGAAAGGGCCCGGAGAGAGCUGACGAAGCUAUUUGAGGCGGAGCGCAUCGCUCGAGAGACCUUUAUGGCUGACGUGGGAGAGUAUCUCCCGCGUGACAUAUGGGACGGAUUGGAGGAAGAAGUGCGGAGAUGGGAGGUGAAGAGAGCGGAGCGGAGCAAGUGAAUGCCCUUUUCGGUCCGUUUCGGAGAAUAUGCAACGGUUUACCUCAAUGUCUAAGCACAAGAUAUGUUC